CUCGAUCGACGACAUAACAGAGGACAAUCUGCCUCCCGUUGAGGUCUCCACCAAUCCCGAACGUGGAACGAAAGUGGUGAUUCAGCAUUAUUUCAACGAAGAUGGUGAUUUGAUCAAAGAGACCAAAGAGUACCGCACCGAAAAGCGGCUGGUUGCAUCGCAGAUUGCAGUACGAAAAAAGUGGGCCAAAUACGGUGCGGCCAAAAAUGACCCGCCUGGUGGUAACUCAGCAAACACCUACCCGGCCGAGACGGUUACCAUGCAAUUGGUGCAGGCAAGACA